UCUGCAGUUUGUCUCUGAUUUGAUUUUCAAGGCACUGACUCUGUUGAGCCAAAUUAGCAUGGAACAUAUACAGAGGUUUGGGAAGCUCACUAGGAUUUAGCACCGUUAAGGUAAGAGUAUUAUUAAAUGCCCCACAAAGUCAUUUAAGUUAGGCAUUAAUUCAGUGAUCAGCAGUAUUAAAUACCUCAUCAGCAGUCAUUCAAAGUGAAUCUGAAUGACGAGGCUGCACUUCAUCCCCAGAAUAAACUGUUUAAGGCUCUCAUAGAUCUGUCUUAUGAUCAGGAAGAAACUAAACCUAUGUGAAAGUAACUGGCAUUCACCAGCUUAUAACGCUAUUGAAAGUAUUUAAAAAAAAUACAAAUAUCCCAGUGACUCACAAGAAAAUUUUAUUCUUUCUUUUCCUGUACAGGUUAACAAGGAGAAAAAAAAGACGUGAAAUUGCAAUAUAGCAAUGUCUGUUCAAUCUAGAUGGUAGCGCAGCUCUUGCAGUGUGGUGGAUCUUUAAGGAAGGUAAUAGGCCAGGAAGCAGUGGAACCACUGGUAUUUCUGAUGUGUUUUCUUCCUUGACUUCAACACACCUGUUCCUGACAUUGUGAGCUAAAGAGCCUUGGGUAUCAUGUUUUGUGUGCUCUGUUCUUUUUGUAUGUGGGAUCUGCAUGCGGGCAUGAUGACUGCUCUUUUUUGAAGCAACAGGAUUAGAAAUGGCCGCGAUGCUUUUGUCUGAUGUGAGAGCACAGUCCCGGGAUAACUGCUCAGGGUCUUCUUGCAGGAGUGCGACCUCGGUAUGACUUGAGGAAAAAUUAUGAUGGUUCAUGAAUUUCUGCAUUUUCCCUCAUUUAUCAUUCAUGAUGUCCGCUCCCGUUUUAUCCUUCUGCUCUGUUCAUUUCACAUCAUGACUGCAGAAGCAAUCUCAACUGAAGUACCACUGAGCACCUUCUGACAGAUAAUACCUUUUUUAUUCUUCCAUGAAGGGUCUGAAGUGUCCCUGGGAGUGGUGUCUUUCACAGGUGGAAGUAUUUGUGAAGAUUUUGAAGUCAAGGAUUCAAAGCCAUGUGGAUCAAGUGCCUGGGGUUUUAUUGCUUUAUGCCUUACAGCCUCUGGAUUCUUCUCAGCUCCUCGGUUCCACAGACUUUUAUUGACAGAUUUUUAUUGACGGGUUCUUCUUUUCACCUUGGUGUGUUUGAACAGCAUACCUUUUUGUUACACGUUUCUGAUGUAACGCCACAUGUUGUAGAACAGCAGUUAGACUUACUACAAUGGAUCAACAUCACUUCCCUUCCUGAAGCGGUGUCAGUGGUGGUGGCAUCUGCACUUCACUUGUUUUCUUAUUUCAACUGAUGUCUUGUGGUCUUGGCUUCUUGACCUGCACUUCUGUCAAUAGGUGGCAACAUGUCUAAGCAGAACAGGCACUUGGUGGAAGUUUCAUUUGCCUUAAAGUGCUUGACUUGUUUCUGCAGCUGAAAGCAGGCGAGUGGAUCAGUUCUACCCCAACCUUGCACCUGGUCACAGAGAAGCAUUAAAUCUAAGGCAGCCCAGAGCAGUGCAAGGAGAAAAACAUAGAGGAAAUAGUCUUUGCUGAUGCAAAUAAAUGCUCCUGCUAUUAGAGUGUUCUUCUGAGUACAAAAUAACAAGUAGAUGUAAUUCCUAUCCAGUUAUCUUGUGUUCUGAAGGAGCUCUGAACUGAAGAAGAGAGCAGAGAGUUACCACAACCCUUCCACGUGGGAGUCGUGCAGUUUUCUUCGCUAUAUGUAAAAGCAAUUAGCAAAAUAAAUUCCCACACCUCCAUGAAAUUGUUUUGAAGCAGAUUGUCAAAGAGGAAAAAAAUGUUAUUUCCCAUCCAGCCCUCCAGAGUGACGAGGGGAGCACCACCGCUGCAGUGGCCAGGCUUCCCCCUUCCCUUUUUUCCCCAGUGGCAGGGGCUGGCGGUGGGCCCAGCUGGGAGCGAGCCCAAGGAGUGCUGCUCUGACAAUUCAUGGAACCCACGCCUCUGUGUGAGGAAACAACGCAGUGCCGGGCUGAAAUGGGAGGGAUGAGAGGCACCCGAAGGAAGCAGACAGCAUGGAGAGUAUUAAAGAUUGAAUAGGAAGAGCAUGGCAUAUCAGAAAAAAUGGAUGUGAAAUGACCAGAUAGGAAAUGAAAGAAAAACCGUGAGGGAGAUGAAGAAAAGAGGAAAUGUUACAGUGUGGAUCUUGCAGUGUAAGGAAUCAAUCUCUUACAAUAGAUCACUGCCCAGCCAACAGAUUUUUAAAUAUGAAAAAUACAAAAAAAAAAACAAAAAUCAAUCGUACAGUGAAUGUAUUCUAAUUUCUAAAAUCAUGAGCGAGCACUACAGGGUUCUGUGCUUCCUUCACAGUCGCACCCCCACCAGCUGCCACUUUGUCCAUGCUGCAAGCAAGCAAGCAGAUUGGAUAUCAGGAAAAAUUCUUCUCCAAAAGUGGUCAGGCACUGGAACGGCCCAGGGAGGUGGUGGAGUCACCAUCCCUGGAGGAGUUCAAGAAAUGUUUAGAUGUGCUACUAAGGGACAUGGCUUAGUGGGAAAUAUUGGUGGUAGGUUGGACUGGAUGAUCUUGGAAGUCUUUUCCAUCCUUGGUGAUUCUGUGAUUCUAUGAAUCCUUUUAAAAAGAACGCAACUAUUUCCAUGACAAAAAAGUACUUUAAGCUGAAUGCUCUUUUUCACUUCCAAAGAAAAAGAUAUUUAUUUAUUUAUUUAUUUAUUUAUUUAUCUAUUUGCUCUUCCACUGCAGUCUUAAUUGGGGCUUUUUUUAGCUCCCAUACUUUCCCGAAGCCUUAAGCCAAUCUCAGAGUCCGGAGAGGCGGUUAAUGCUCACCUAAUAACGUUGCGUUGAGCUCCAUCAAGGCACACAGAAAGCAGACUCACAAGGUCAUGAACUGAGAUUGAUGAGAGUGCAUGAGAACACAGCAUGGCUCGUGUAUUCUCGGAACGCUCAUUUCUGUGAAGGAAGUGUGGAAACGGCCCAAGGAAUCCAUCCCGCAGCGUGACUCAAAGGACACGUAGGACAGUGCCACGAUCCUGGGCCUGUGAGUUCAGAGCUAAUCCUUCAUGUUCUUGCUCUUUGACUUCACCAAAAUUGCGCUCACGCGGUGAAUUUCAGAGAACGGCCCAACAAAUCCUUGGGAAUUAUAAUGGUGUCAAAUUUAACACCGCGAGGCAGAAUUUUUCCUUGCUUACGUGUUAUUAAAGAGAUUUUGAAUGCAGUGGAAAUAACCUGGGGAUUAGUUUUGUGCUUCCUAAGAAAGGAAUUAGAGCCAACAGUUCUAGCGUGAGGCAUCAGGGAGCUUUCCCCCGUGUUCUGGUGGCUUUUUGGUCCUCAUCAGGUUCGCUGGUCCCAUCACCAACCUCAUCACCGUACUUGCACCGGCAGCGGGACACAGUGCCGCGAGUGGAAUGACGAAGGUGGAAAAGCUCGGGAGUUAAGCGAGAAUUACAUGUCGACACGGUUCAGGCUCAGCCUCUGGCAGGAUCAUUGUUUUUAAUGCAAUUUACUAAUUAAAAACGAGCACCAGAUUACGGAAAGACUGGAGCGAAGCGGCUUGCUGGGGCGGAACUUCAGCUCCCUGCAGCGCCUGCGCCAGCUCCGGUUCUCAUUAACUAUAAUUCAUUGGAACGCCGUCCGGCCGUUAUUAAACCAUCUUCGGCACACAGCGCGGUUCGUGCCGUGACCGCGGCUCGCAGCGGGGCCGCUCCUGCGCUGCGGCAGGGCCGGGCGCGUCUGUUCCCUUCAGCAGAUGCACCGUAACCGCAUUAUCGCGGAUUAGCUGGAUUUCUUCCUUUAAACGCACACUGCGAGAACCGACCUGCCGGCCAACUGUUUCUUAUCGGCCCUUUUAAUCUGCCCGAGCCCGGCUUUGCUCCUUCCUUUCGCAGCUAUUUCUGUCACCGCUCGGCGGGGCGCAGCGCCGCGCGAUGCAUCUCCACGCUUCCACCGGGGAAUCCCUGCCUGUGCCGCCUCCUCCUCCUCCUCCUUCUGGCUGAGCUCCUCGAGGAAAGACCCAGAAGGCGGCGGCGCGGGGCUGGAUCUAGGGCAGCGGCGGGGCGCGAGCCGGGCCCGUGGGGGGGCGGGAUGAGUCGGGGCGCGCCCCAGCCCUGCCCCGCCGCAGCGCCGCAUGGCCCGCGGGGCAGAGCGGCCGCGGCUGCAGGAGCGCGGCCCCGCGCUAAGCGCUAAGCGCCGCAGCCCCCAUGGAUAAGGCGGCCUCGCUGCACAGCGCCGUGCCCGCGCCGUCGCCCCGGCUCUACCUGCCGCGGAACUUCAGCUGCAGCGCCUGCCUCUAUGGCAGCCUGGCCGAGCGCUGCAGGGGCGGCUGCAGCCCCGACGGCGACGCUCCGCCGCCGCCGCCGCCGCCGCCCGCCCCGCGGGACGCGGCCCCCGAGAAGCCGCCGCCUCCGCCCCGCGGCCGGGAGCCCACGCUGCCCGCCGUGCCGCCCAGCCCCACGCAGCGCCGCCGCGCCAAGUCGCUGCCCACGCCCGGGGAGCGCGGCCUGAGGCCGGCCCCGCAGCACAGCCCCUCGCGCCGCAAGACCGUGCGCUUCGCCGACUCGCUCGGCCUGGAGCUCAUCUCCGUGCGGCACUUCUGCGAGGCCGACCUGCCGCGGGUGCCGCCGCCCGCCGCGCCGCGCCACGCCGACCUCUUCAAGACCAGGAAGCCGCCGGCGCUGGGCGAGCUGGAGCCGGUGCCGUUCGGGCCGCCGGUGCCGUUCUGGCCGUCGCUGGAGCCGCUGUUCCCGCCGCAGCCCGGCGCCGGCCCCGGCUUCGCGGAGCGCGUGCGGCAGCACAAGGUGAGGCUGGAGUGGGUGCGCGCCGAGCCCGCGGGGCUGCGCGGCGCCGUGCGCGUCCUCAACCUGGCGUACGAGAAGGCCGUGUCCGUGCGCUACACGCUCGACCGCUGGGCCAGCUGCAGCGAGGUGCCCGCCGCCUACCAGCCCGCCGGGACGGCCGACGGCCUCACCGACCGCUUCGCCUUCCACCUGCCGCUGGGCCCCGCCGCCGCCGGCUCCGAGGCCGGGCUGGAGUUCGCCGUCCGCUACCGCGUGGCCGGGGCCGAGUACUGGGACAACAACGGCGGAGCCAAUUACCGCCUGCGGGGCCGGGCGCGCUCCCCCUCCUCGGGGCCGCCGCAGGACCCGGACAGCAGCGCCUGGAUCCACUUCAUCUGAGGGACCGAGCGGCCCCGUCCUCGCCCCGCGCCCCGGCGCUGCGCUGUAAGUCGGCAGAGGAUGCUUGGAAUUGCGUUCGCGGAUAAGCGAUGUGUGCUUUCUGUCCCGUUCGCGCUGCGCGGGGGGAGCGGUCCGACUCCGGGCAGCGGCUGUGGGCCGUGCGGGCUGCUCCGUCCCCCGGCCUUGGGGCGCUGGUCGGCGCUUCGGCGCCUGGAGCCCCGGCACUCGGCGUAUUCGAGCGUAUUUAGGAAAGUGCUGGGAGAAGUAGUGCGUAGUCGCUGGAAGAACCAACCGAGGGGUGUCGUAAAGGAAGAGUUCUGCUUUAAAGUCCUCGCGGUGUGCGGUAAAGAUCUGUCACGCUGCGGUAGGGCUGCCCCGCAGGGAUGCAGCGCGGCAGCCAGAGGUGGCAGGAGCUCGGCCGUGGUGGUGGCUCUCACCCCUGCAGGUUGAUUUCCAUUUCCCGUCUGACUGAAGUUCCUCAGCUAAGGUGUCGGUGCAGGAGCGCACUGCUUGGAAAACGCUCCAAAUUUUGCUCCCAAAUUCCAGAAUAGGGCAGAUUUCACAAAGCUGGAUAAGCUCUGGCCGAAUGAAGAAAAGCCAUAUCUUGCCAUAUAAAGAUAAGUGUAUCGAUAAAAGCAUUGGGGUGACAGAGUAUGUUGACUUCUGCCUUCAAAGCUGUGUUUUAGAUUGAUGUGAGCAGUGAAGUGUUUUCUAGCUUGCUUUUUGAGGCAGUGGACGUGGGCUUCUGACCCUCCGGGAGCUCAGCAGGAGAGAGACCUCCGGAAUGCCACUGCUCAGAGGGGUAAAACUCAUGUUGGUAUCAUAGAAUCGAUUGAGUUGGAAAAGAUCCUUUAAGGCCAUCUGGUUCAGCUCCCCUGCAACGAACAGGGACACCUACAGCUCCAUCAGGUGCUCAGAGCCUGGUCCAGCCUCACCUUUAGUAUUGAAUGGGGCUUCUACCACCUCUCUGGGCAACCUGUGCCAGUGCCUCACCACACCUACUGAGGAAACUUCCUCCUAUCCAGUCUAAAUCUCUCCUCUUUUAGCAUGAAACCAUUUCCCCUUGUCCUGUCACAGCAGCCCCUGCUCCAGAGUCUGUCCCCUUCCUUCUUACAGCCCCUUUAGUUACUGACUGGCUGCUCUCCGCUCUCCCUGGAGCCUUCUCCUCCCCAGGCUGAAAGGACUCAGUUCUCAGCCUGUCCCCAUAGGAGAGGUGUCCCACCCCUUGGAACAUUUUUGUGGCCCUCCUCUGGACAUGCUCUAACAUGAUCUCUAGGAGGGCUGUAAGAUGGAAUCUUGAACAUUUUGGAUCUUCUUUGGGUUUUUCAGGAACGACAUUAAUUCUAACUAACUGUGUUUUGGGGUUCCUUGUAAGUAUAUUGAACUGCUUGGUUGGUGUCAGGUUCUCAAGGAACCUUUUGAUUUCAAUCGGAAUUGGGAGCACUUUUGUCUCCUGCGGGUCUGGUUCCAUCAGAAUAAUUGAACUGAUGAAUUCUGGAGAAAAACGAUUUGGCAACUUGAUGGAAAACGAGCAUUUCCUUUAAUUCCUCUAGACCUCUUUCUGGUCUAAUAGAAAAUCACAAUGACGGUAGCUGUUCUAUUCUAUCAUAGCUUGGUUUUAGUUCCCCACCAAGUUUUCUCAUCCCUGUGGUCUUAAUAGAAGCAGAAUAUAAAAGAAACAUAUUGCCAGGACCUACUGAGUAUCUCAGAUGUUAGAGUAUUAAGGCCCCGAUCUUGUAAUAAAGUAGCACUGUGUAUUUAGUACACAUCUACAAAGAUAGAAUUGCAGAAGUAGGUCUUAGUUUGUGAUAAAAGCAUACUGAGUGGUGUAUGGCUAAUGAGAGCCCAAGUGUCUUUUAGUUAAACCUAGCUUUUUGUAAGAGCCUUAAUGCUGGAGAGAAGGGAAAGGACUUAUCUCCAUUUGGAAGCACUUUGAGAUAUGGUGGGAAUACAGCCAAACACCUUUGUAGUUAUGCUAUAGCUUUCCAAAAUGUUUUUUUUCUUGGCCUUCUGUACCCACAUACUAAACCAAGAACUUAUUCUGGAGCAUCCUGAUGCUGUUGCUCGAGGGGAAAAAGUAAUUUCUAUGCAUUUUAGGUUAACCGGAGCUAUAACUUUUUAAAUGAAGUUUUAUCCCCUUUUUUGAAUAAAUAUCUGAAUAUUAAACCUUUGUGGGACGUAGUGCACCAGAAGAACAUUUUGCAAAGCAGGCUCCUGAGCUUUGAAGCAGCUCAGCCUGUCUCCAGCUCUGAAUUUUGUGCGUAGCUUUAUGGGCUUGAUCUUGAACACAGAUUAUCGGUGACGUGUGUGUCGCUCCAGUAGAAGAUCAAGUCUUCUGGAGGCACUUAGGGACUUCUGAAAGCCUCCGAAGGUGAGGUUGGCCCAGAGGAUGCUACUGGCAAAGUCUGUGGAAGAAGUCUGAGCUGUUUUAAUAGAAACUCCUCAGCGAUAUAUGCCAAAGCUGCACUGCUUUGCUUGCACAUUUUCACUUCUAUCACGUUCGUUUAUUGUCAAGACAGGUUUCAAAAAGAUGUCUUCAGGUGCACUGAGUGCAAGCACUUUUCCCGCUGGCAGCGCCCAUGUAUGGCUCCCACCCCUCAGUCUUCAGCCUGGUGCUGUCCCUGUGUGGUUAGCCAGAAGCACUGUGACCAAUGGAGGGGAAAGGCAACUCCCAAACAGAAAUUAGAAUCUACGUAAAUGAUAACUUUGGAGGAGGAAAACCUGUGCUGAACAGGGUGCUUCUCUGCCCUGCAGGACGUCAGUCAUUUUAAUGGGAGCAGGAGCAAGAGAACUUCUUAAAACACAUUUCUAAAGAAAGAAGUUUCACGAAAUGAACUUUCAGAGGCAAAGUAAAAUAUUUGAAUUAUUUUUCAGGAGAAUAAAUUGUCUCCAAGCCAAUCUUCUCCCGGAACACAAAUGUCAGCUCCACUAUUUUUGCUUGCGUGACUAAAGCCCGUGGCACCUUCCCCUCCAAGUGAUGUAGAAUGGUGUAGGCAAGGCAAUAAUCCUUAGGUAGCGUGCUUCACUUCCAACUGAAUUAUUCAUCGCUUGUGUCUUUGGAGAUGCAGAGAUGUCUGUCAUUGAUUGGGCAAAAUCAUAGCUUUAUGGAACGUGCCAUUUAUUUUAUGUGCAAUACAGUGAUACUUUCUGCAGUAAGUCAAGUUGUACUGUAUGUCUAUAGACACUAAUGUCUGCUGUUGCACAGUUAAGCUGCUUGAUUUUUUGCAUGCGAUUCCAUGUCUCUUAUGGCAACAUUUCCGAAAUCUACCCAAUUAGUAGGAAUCCUAACAAGAAUCAAACCAAUUAAGUGACUGUAGACUGAAUUUCAGCUCGCUGGCUGUAUUACUCUUCGUUAGCGUAAGAACAAGAAUUGAAACGUCGUACUCAUUGUCAAUACACGUACAUUUCUUCAGGCUAAUUAAUUAUCUCCUCCUUUUACCAUUUGCAGAUAACUUCUUGAUGCGUAUGUGUGUGCCUCAGUGUCCCAUUAAAUAGCUGAGUGAGUGCACACUGUUACUCCAGCACGUGUGGGGGACGAUGGAUCACCUCAGUGAGCAAAUGUCCGUUCACGCAAACGCACGAUCUCUUUGCACAUACAUGAAAUGUUUGGUGGUAGCGCCAACAGGCAAACAUCUGCUAAUUCUGUGUUUUAACGUCAUCCACAAAAAUACUCCAAAUCUGCUUUUUAACCUGUUAUUAAAUGUCUAUACUGGAAUCUUUACGUGCCUUUCAGCUUUUCCUAGGAAGAGGUCUUACGUGUUCCUUAACACUCCCACUGCAUGUCCAGUAAUGGCUUUCUUAUUAAAAUGAAAUGAAUACCAAAAAUAUAAUAAUCAAUUCUCAUUCCGGAAGCGUUUUCAGCUGUUCCAGAAAUGCCAUAUCUGUAGCAGCCAGAAGAAUUGGAUAAUGUUUUCCUGCAUUAGCGUGAAAGCAAUUACUGUCAGAACCACAUCUUCCUGGUAUACCUCUAAAAUUAUGUCGUUGGGUAAAAAAACUGUGACUGUACUAAGUAUAACAAAAUAUAUUUAUUGUAUAUAUUCACCACUUACACAGAUAUUCUAAAUAUAUAUUCCAUCUCAGAGCAGAGGUUCUAGUUUUUUAUGAGAUAUAUUUCUGUAGAUGUGAUCAUCUUUACAGCUUUUCCUGUGAUUUCUCUGAUGCUGCAUAAUGCUUAUAGCUUAUAGGUGGACUUGAUCUCUCUGCACACUCUGUACAAUGGGAUUCAAGUGCUCACUGUAAAGGAUAUCUGAAGAAAACAAUUUCUACUUUCUGAUGCUGUGCUGCACGGCCUUUUGGCAGACUACCCCUAAUUCUCUUUCUGAAAGCACUCCACGUGUCCAUGUGCUGAAUAUAUGGCGGGGUUACCUACUGAAAUGAAAAUAAUGUUGAGUGCUGAAAUUAAGGUUUUACGAUCAUGUACAGUUUGAUGGAGGAAGUAAACGUGGGCUCUUUCUUUACCCAGUUCUUGAAUGCUGCUUCUAACUUAUUUUGAAGAGAGUUUUUUUGACCCAGGAUUUCCCCAUCCUGCAUGAAUAUCCUCUUCCUUCAGCUAUUCUGAGUUGCGUUUGAGCUUUCCGUUUUUGAGAAAGAUCGGAUUUUAUUUUUAUGCAACAUGAAAAAUUAUUUUACAUUCCAUUUUGUGGGGAGGCAGGAAAACAGCUUUCCUUCUACUUUUGCUCUUUUAAUGUUAAAUAAUAGCAUGCAGAAUAAAAUAUGCUUGAAAUAACAUAUGCACUAGGAAUUCCAAAGAAUAUAGCUAAGAAAAAUGUCAAAUGUGAGAUAUGCUUUUUAAAAUGUAUGUGCUCUCAUUUAGCAAGGCAGGAAAAAAAACCCUAGUCCCCAUUGCAAGUGUAUUUCUACCAAGGAGUUCUUUCUAUGCAAUAUGACGGUGCGCCUGUUCUUCAGGGGUAAACCUGGUUGGUAUCGUUGCUGUGUUGGUGUGUUGUGUGUAGAAUAUUCUGUUAAAAGUGUCAUUAACGAAACUGGGUCUUAAAUAGCGUUAGAUUUUGAGGCUCUUUUGUGUCCAGUCCGACUUCACUAAACCAUAAGCACCCUCUGAGGAACAGCAGCAAGGCGGUAUCUCAUAGACGUGCAGUGAGGUGUCGUGCAUUGAGCUUUCCUCUAGUCCAUGUCACCUUCCAGGAGGAAACACUGCGUUACCAUCGUGCUUUCAAAUUUUGUAUUCCUGUAUCUUAACAACAAACCAAACUGUAUUAUACUUUUACACUCAGACAGCUAACACGUGUGUUUUUAAAGCCAAUCCAAAGUACCCCAAACCCCAGAUUGUUGGGAUUACUGUCAAGUCCCAUCUCCAAACUGUGGUAUCCCAAGCGUUUGUGUGCACUGUGUAGCUGGCUCGGUGGGCAGCACCCCAGCACCAUGUUCUGUGCUUUCAGAGGGCCAGGACACCCCAGCUGUGCCUGGGUGCAGGAGCCUGUAUCUGGGGGACAGCCCAUGCUGCGCUGCAGGAAAACUAACUGCCGGGACAGAAAGUUACUUUUCUUGAAGCGGUUUAAACAAACCUAAACUCCCCCGGUACAGCGUUAAAUUGUUGCUCUUGGUAAUGGAGAUGCUGUCUGUCCAAGGCAGUGUCUGUAACGUGCAAGCUUGUAUUGUUUCCUUGAUUUACACGGGCUUUGUUGAAGAAAGAAUUUGUUCCUGACUAUGAACAUUACUGGUCUGUUCUUUUGGUUGCAGUUUCUUCUGCAAUGUUGAUGCUUCACUAAGUAAUGUUUGUUUCUAACGUUUGUAAAAAUAAUGUCAUAUCACCAGAAGUUCAAAAUCCACUUUUUCUAAUAAUGCCUUGUAACGUAGCCUUACAGUAUUUCAGAUUAUUUUCCACCAAAAUGGCAUCUAGUCACUGGUUGUCACGUAUAUUUAUAAACCUGUAGCUUCUCGAUGUCAUUAAAGAUUAACAAAACAAAUUGUGA